AUGGGAAAGAAGCGCUCUAGGGAACAGGACGGCCUGUCCGGAGGUCCGUCCGACAAGGCUGCCGACAAGAUGGACGAGGACAGCAGCGACGAAGAGGAUUUUGACAUGGUCGAUGUCGACUUUGAAUGGUUCAACUACGACCCCGAAGUCGACUUUCACGGUGUCAAAUCGCUUCUGCGACAGCUCUUCGACGUCGAUGCCAACCUGUUCAACAUGUCGUUCCUCGCCGACCUCGUCUUGUCGCAACCGACAAUCGGCUCAACUGUCAAGGUUGACGGCAAAAAUACUGACGCCUACGCCAUGCUUACUGCCUUGAACACUGCUGUGCACAAGGAUGCCGACACCAUGAAGGACGUGCUGCAGUACUUGGUCCAAAAGGCUGGCACCAAUCCUGCCCUGGCGCCCGUCGCGCAGCUCCUCAACGCCAACAAGCAGAUUGGCCUCGUCUUUUCCGAGCGCUUCAUCAACAUGCCCUCCGAGAUUGCCCCGCCUCUGUAUUCGAUGCUCAUUGACGAGAUUGAGGCCGCCGUCGAGGACAAGGAACCCUACGACUUUUCACACUACCUGAUCCUGACACGCACUUAUACCGAAGUCGAGUCGACGCUCGACAUUGAGGACCGAAAGAAGAAAAAGGCCAAGGAGGAGGCUUCCACAUUCUAUUUCCAUCCCGAAGAUGAAGUGCUGCAAAAGUACGCGACUGCCUUUGGUGGAUUCGCCUACACCAAGGAGGGCGAUUCUGUUGCUGACAGCAAGCGCGCGUUCCAGGAAUUGGGCAUCAAGGCCCAAGGACAUAUGAUCCUUAUUGAGGCCCCCAAGUUCCAGCAAGCCAUCAAGGCAGUUAAUGACUACGUGAACCCUGGCCAAUAA